UGAAAGAGGUUGAGCAUGAUGAUGAUUAAUACAGUUUUUAUGAAAAGCUUGAUAUGUCCCAGCAGUCAGAGGUUGGUGACAAGUUGCUGUCAAUUACACCAGAAGGAGAAUGCAAAGACUUCAGCCAAAUCAUAUCCAAAUAAAAUAAUCAGAGCUUCUCCAGAAACCAGUAUACGUUACUUAGAGAGCAAUGCCUACAAAGAAACCUAUGGUGACAAGCUUGUGUGGGAGUUGUACAGAAGAAAUUUCAAGGGACAAUACCCUCCACCAACCAGAAAAAAGUGCAUUAGAGCUGAAUACAUAGCCACAGGUAAUCCCUGUCCAAUAUGUCGAGAUGAAUUCCUUGUUUUACACCACACGAAUGUGAAACUUUUGCAACAGUUCAUCUGUCCACAUAGUGGAGAAAUUCUUCCUUCAAUAAAAACUGGAAUUUGUCACCAAACAUUUAGAACACUUCAAAUAGAAGUAGCCAUUGCUAUUGAUCUAGGUAUAAUAGAAAUGGCGGUACCAUUUCGGAAAUACAACUACAGUGAUUACAUUGAUUGAAAAUAAAUAUUUCUCGACCAUUAGACAA